AUGUCUUCUAAUUCAGAAUAGGUUCCUUUGAGUUUUGAGCAAAUUCCCGAGAAGGAUAUCAUCAAGAUAUUGACUUACAAUACAUUUCUUAGACCACCCGUUGUGAAUAAUAAUGGAGACGACUACAAAAAUGAAAGAUGCGAAUUAAUCAUUAAAGAAUUGAUGAAUUUUGAUAUAGUGUGUCUGUAAGAAGUAUUUGGGUUUUUAAAUUCGAGAAAAUCUAUUCUAAAACAUAAAGCAUUCAAGCUUGGCUUCACUUAUUAAGCAGUCAGUCCCAGUCCUAGUUUUUUCUCUAGUCAAAUGGUCGACGGUGGAUUAGUCACUCUGAGCAGAUACCCGAUCCUAAGUCACGAGUUUAAAGAAUUUCCAUAUGGGAUCCUAUCUGAUAAUCUAUCUAAUAAGGGAGUAUUGUAUACAAAGAUUCUGGUAAACGGAUAGAUGUUGCAUUUAUUCAAUACGCACUUGCAAGCUAGUUAUGUUGGAAAAGAGUCUAAUGUGAGAGCAACUGUCUCCACUAGAAUUGAUUAAUUGUAUUGUUUUAAGAAAUUUGUGCAUUCAACACUUGAAUAGUAAUAGGCAUAGGAGAAUGAUUUGAUUCUAUUGGUAGGGGAUUACAAUAUCGAUAGCAGGUAUGAGUAAGGAUAUCCUAAUGACGUUUUGAAAUAAUUUCCAAUUUUGCAAUAACAAUUAGGCAAUCCUCAAAAGUAUCAAGAGUACGAUGCUCUAAUAUCUAUUAUGACGAACAAUGGUAAGGAUAAGUUCAUCAAUUUGUUGCUUGAGUAAGAAGGUAAGUUUCUUAUUACGUAUGCCGAUUAUGUGGAAGACGAGAGUGGUUAGAAGAAACCAAUGGAAAUUCAGUUAACAGAUAAAGCUGAUUUGUUGACUGGACAAUGUUUGGAUUACAUAUUCUAAAUGAUUCCUGAAAAUCAAGGGAAUCCAAAUUAAAUCAAAAUCAAAUAAGUGAAUGUUGAGAAAUUCUUUGUGGAAGGUCAAAAAUUUACUCAAUUGUCUGAUCAUUAUGGCGUUUCUUGUGAUAUAUUAGUUAAAUUGCCUUAGUGA